GAGUGAUUUACUUUUUACGCGAUGAAUGAAUAUCUUUCUGAAACAAAGUCGGGCAGUGUUUCUUUGCUUUUGUUAAAAUUACCGCAACAAUGGCCAAGUUCAAGAACAUUUUUACGAACAUAUUUACUAAGUCGAAUUCUAAACUUGAAACCGAUGCGGCAGUCAUACCAGACAGAUCUAAUGACAAUAAAGAUGAUAAGAAUGAAAAUGCAAGUAGUGUGCACAAUGUUGCAGCAACCACGGAAUCGCCAGAGGUCAAUCUAACCCUCAGUGCAUCAUCAUCCGGUCAUCAGACGAAUGCAAUUGUCCCGGAAACACCACCAGAUCUGCAACUACAGCCAGUGAACCCAACGGCAGGGCCGUUGACGCAGAACAUAGUAAACAAUGUACAAAACAAUGCUCUAACAGCACCUCAGACAUCGAUAACCAAUGCAACAGGUGUCCAGGUUUAUCAAAUAAAAAACGCCAGGAACGUGCACAUAGGUAAUAGCUUUACCUUCAACUCACCCAACACCGAAGAAGAUCGUGCAAGGCCACCCAGCAAUAUGAAUGGCCCAGUGAAAUGGGCAAAUCUAAAGCUUUCCGAUACAAUAAAACAAAUGAUGGAUUGUGAAGACGAGUUGGAUACUGACAUGAUGAUCACCGUAUCUCGACAUUUGGGUUACGAAUGGAAGCACUUCGCGAGGACUUUGGAAUACUCUGAAGGACAAAUUGAAGCAUUUGAAUGUGAUAACGAUACUCUAUCUGAGAGAAUCUACCAAUUUAUUUUGGAUUGGUCCCGCAAUGAUGAUGAGCCGUCUUUUGGAAAGAUGGUUAAACUGUUGUGGGAACACAAACACAAGGAAACGGUUUACCACAUGAAGUUAUUGUGGAAAAAACGAAGACAGAAUCAAGUCGAUUGAGAUUUCAGACGAUUUUUCCCUGAAAACAGGGAAAUCCCAUUGUGUUGCAUACGUCGUCAGAACAUGCAACAUAUAUGUUGUUGCAUUGCAGUGUUAUGAUGCGACAGAUCAUCAGCGACGACAUUCCAUACGGAAAAAAGUGCCUUAAUAAUGUUAACUCAUUCGUAUGUAAAAUCUGGGCUGUUUAUCAACAU